UAAAUGAAAUGUACCAAUGUCUUCCAUUGAAGCAAAAUAAACUCUACUUACAGUGUACUUUUAGCGAUUUAUGUUGUAAUUUAUGUACCAUAUAAUAUAACAUAUGUAUACUAUUAUUAUUUGCUAAUAAAUCUGGCGAAUAUGGAAUCAUCAUUGACCGGCGGUGAUGACGUGUCGAAAUCGGUAGCGUUGAUUGCGUGUACUUUCAUGGCAAUUUUGUAUGUUGCAAUCUUAUAUGCACCGACGUUGAUUCUCCGUUUACCACCGUCAGAUUCGUUUCAAUCAUAUAUGAUCCGACGGUUCAUAUGUGCUGCUAUUUCCUCUGUUUUUUCACUCAUUGCUUGCUCUCUUAUCCUCCCUAUUGAGUGGGGAAAAUCUCACGUUUCCAGUGUUUAUGGCAUCAGAUUGGAUCAUAUCUGGCAAGCUGUCGUGUUUCCUCUUGCAUUGACUUCAUUAAUGUACGCUGGCACCUUGAUCCUCAACCUGUUACUGUUGCUAGACUCGGGUCAAGAAGAUCGGGAAAAUGGAAGCAGCCUGCUUGACAUUAUUAAAAAUGUUGUUCAUGAAUUUAUUGAAUCGAUCUCUUCAAUGGCGUACAAUAUUCAAGCAUGGCGUAAUUAUUUUGUGGCCCCACUUACGGAAGAGCUGGUUUUUAGAGCUUGUAUGAUACCUUUGCUUCUUUGUGGAGGAUUCAGCACCUCUACAGUGGUAUUUCUUUGUCCUAUAUUUUUCAGUUUAGCUCAUUUAAAUCAUUUGUUAGAACAAGCUCAACGAAGCGGCAGCUGGCUUAAAGCUCUUACGAUUGUAGGCUUCCAAGUCGGCUACACGGUCAUCUUUGGAUCAUACGCUUCAUUUCUCUUUGUUCGGACAGGACAUCUUACCGCUCCACUAGUUGCUCAUAUUUUUUGCAACUAUUUGGGCUUACCUAUAAUAAUCUCACAGAGGACAGGGAUGGUAACAGUGGCAUCUGUGGCUGGAUUGCUAGGUUUCAUCUGGCUUCUUUUUCCACUCACCAGUCCUCAUUUGUACAAUGCCACAACGGAUAAUUGCAUGUGCUGGCAUAGAUAUUGUACUUGGAGCUAAUUGAGACAAUUCGGAUGGACGAUAUGAAUUUUUUCAAGAUAGUUAACCACUUUCUUAAUUGUGAGAGGGAGGUCAUUCCGAAGUCUGCUCUAAAAGUCUGUAACAUACUUCCUUUGAUAAAGUGAAAAUUUUCUCAACUCCCAGAAAGUUUGUCAAGGGUUAAAAAAGAACUCCUAAAUUAAUGUAACAUGAAUAAUAUGGUAAUUUAUUUUCCUUUUGGAUUGUAUUUAU